GCCACUUGGUACACCCCCAAUGGCGGAUCAGGGGCCUGCGGUGCUCCUUUGCAAAAUUUUGACCAUGUCGUCGCGCUCUCCAGCGACCAGUACGCUGAAGGCACGAAUUGCGGGAGGCGUGUUCGGGUUUACUAUAGAGGAAACUUUGUAGAUGCCACUGUCGGCGACCUCUGCCCUAGUUGUGGGCCUAAUGGUCUUGACCUCACCUCAUCGGCGUUCGAGAAACUUACAAGUCUUGAUGAUGGUCGCAUUUUGGUCACUUGGCAUUAUGAGUAA